GAUACGAACUCAUGCCCUCAUGCACCUGGCAAAUAUUUUCUCCCUGGUGGGAUGGACAAUGAGAACUGCAAGGCUAAUGAGAAGGAAAGGGAGUGGAUCCGCCCUGAUACACCUAGCAAAUGCACGUGGAAGCUAGGGAAACCCCCCUCUGCCUCCCCGCAUCGUCAUACCACUCUGCCAGAGCCUCUGAAAAUCAUGCCAAGCAUCCUGAAUAAAGUUGGCGAUACACCCUUGGUGCGAAUCAACAAGAUUGGGAAGCGGUAUGGGCUCAAGUGUGAACUCUUGGCAAAAUGUGAAUUCUUCAAUGCUGGGGGCAGUGUGAAGGACCGUAUCAGCCUGAGGAUGGUAGAGGAUGCUGAAAAGGCUGGGAUCUUGAAGCCUGGGCACACGAUCAUAGAGCCAACCUCUGGAAACACAGGAAUUGGGCUGGCCUUGGCUGCAGCAGUGAAGGGUUACCGCUGUAUCAUUGUGAUGCCAGAGAAAAUGAGUAUGGAGAAGGUGGAUGUCCUGAGAGCUCUGGGUGCUGAGAUUGUGAGGACCCCAACUACUGCCAGAUUUGAUUCUCCUGAGUCUCACGUGGGAGUAGCAUGGAGACUGAAAAAUGAAAUACCCAACUCGCAUAUACUAGACCAGUACCGUAAUGCCAGCAACCCCCUGACGCACUAUGACACCACAGCUGAAGAGAUCCUGCAACAGUGUGAAGGAAAAAUAGACAUGCUGGUGGCUACGGCUGGCACAGGAGGUACUAUCACUGGCAUCUCCAGAAAGCUAAAGGAGAAGUGUCCAGGUUGCAAAAUUAUAGGUGUUGAUCCUGAAGGCUCCAUCCUUGCUACACCAGAAGAACUGAACAAGACUGACAAGACAAUGUAUGAAGUGGAAGGAAUCGGAUAUGAUUUUGUCCCGACAGUGUUGGAUAGAUCUGUAAUGGACCAGUGGUACAAGAGCAAUGAUGAAGAGUCGUUUGCUUUAGCGCGCAUGCUGAUUCGAGAGGAAGGACUGCUGUGUGGUGGCAGCUCAGGCAGUGCCAUGUCUGUAGCUGUGAAGGCUGCCAAAGAGCUGAAGGAAGGUCAGCGCUGUGUUGUUAUCCUCCCUGACUCUGUCAGGAACUACAUGUCCAAGUUCUUGAGCGACAAAUGGAUGAUUCAGAAAGGGUUCAUGAAAGAAGAAGACCUUGUCAAAAAACCUUGGUGGUGGAACAUCAGUGUUCAGGAACUAAGCCUCUCUGCUCCCCUUACUGUGCUUCCAACUGUUACCUGUGCAAAGACUGUUGAAAUUCUCCGGGAGAAGGGAUUCGACCAGGUACCAGUUGUUGAUGAAUCUGG